AUGGCCGCUGUAACCAUAGGAAAAUCCUAUUUCGAUGCCCUGCUGCGUCGGGCUGAAUUCCACACUUCCGGCCAUGACUUCGACACUACACCUAGCCUGUCCAACAAUGUGACCAUCUCCAAGGCCGAGCACGACUACCUGAUCCAAGCAGUGCGCGAGUACAAUCUUCUCAAAAGCGCACUGUUUCGAGGUGGCUUGACGGCUGAGACGCUCGAGACUCUCCUAUCAGGCGAGAGCGGGGUCACCAACGAUGAGCCCAACGAUUACACCACGCAUACCCACACCUGGGGAGAGACAUUUGUCCGACCUCAGUCUGUGCCUGUCACCAUGACUGCACCGCACGCCGACGACUCCUCUCCGAACUCGGACAAUACUGCCGUUGGCGACGGUCUCCAGCCCAGACCUCAUCCGCAUUCCUACAACAGAGUCUACAGCUAUGGCCAGCCCGAUUCUUCCAUCGACAGCCCCGAGAAGGAGGAUGACCUUCAGGGAUCCUCGCAACGGGUCCCAGUCCACGACCAGCGAACUGUUCUCAUCACCAAUCUCUCGGAUCGGACUACUCACAAAGAUCUGGCGGGCAUCAUACGUGGAGGAAGACUGCUUGACAUCUUCCUUCGCAAUGAUCGAACAGCCACGAUAUCGUUCGUGGAGGGAGCAGCCGAGUUCCUAGCCUACGCAAAGCGGAACGACAUCUACCUGCACACGAAGCGGCUCGAGUUCCGCUGGAAUGACCGGCAAUUCCACGUACCGCCGCAUGUGGCGAACAAGAUUGCUAAUGGAGCGAGCCGGAAUUUGGUCGUCCGAGGUGCAGCCGGAAAGCUUACCGAAGAUCAGAUCCGGGAUCAUCUAGACCAUAUCCACAACCUCGUGGUAAUUGACAUCAACUUCAAGAAUCCCGAUGCCUACAUCUCCACCAACUCCAUUCACAACGCAUUGUUCGCCCGGACGUGCAUGAUGUCUCGCACCGCGUACAAGGGCCUCCGCAUCGACUGGUGCCCGGAUGAAUGCGCCGCCCCUCUGCCGCGACCGUCAUUGAAAGUGCAGACGCCGGCACCCGCCGUGCCCAUGAAGCCCAUGCCGAUUACGAACCGAUAUCACCUCCUCGACACCGGAUCCGACCUAGACUCCGAUUCGGAGGAGAGCUCGUACAUAACCAGCGGAAUCCCGGUCAACAACAACUGGGCCGAUGCUGCCGUAGCGUAA